GAGAGAGAGAGAGAGAGAGAGAGAGAGCUAUAGUCAACGGAAUGGGUAUUAAAAGAGGAGAAAGAAUUGGAGAAAGCUAACCAUUUCCAUCUCCUUCCUUCUCUAGCUAAUAUGGGUUCCUUUCCAUUGAUAUUCUCAAUCGUGUUAUCUUUUUCUGUUCUUGCAUCUUGUUCUCCUACAUCAACAAAUUUCAUAAUAUAUCCAAAUUUCACUGCUUCAAGUGUCCAUUUCAUCGAUGGUUCCGUUGGCUUCUUAACCUCCCCAAACGUAACGUUCAAAGCAGCUAUCUUAAGUCCAGGCGGCCAAGGAGGUUCAGGAAGCAACUACUAUUUGUGCGUCGUUCACGUGCCUUCCAAUACCAUCACCUGGUCUGCUAAUCGUGACGCACCCAUUUCUACUACAGGAAUCAUGAAUCUUUCUGCAACUGGUAUUGUAGUCACAGAAGAAGACGGCAGUUUAAAAUGGUCGACUCCUACGUUAAAUUCUUCGGUCUCGUCACUACAGUUAACUGAGACCGGGAAUCUUUUGCUAGUCGAUCAAUCUAAUGCUACUCUUUGGGAGAGUUUUCUUUAUCCAACAGAUACGAUCGUGAUUGGCCAGAAUUUGUCCGUAGGGGUAUUUCUGUCCAGCGCAGUAUCAAGUACUGACUUGUCAGUUGGCAGUUACUCGCUUUCAGUAACUGCCUCUGAUGCUUUACUACUGUGGCAGAAUUCGACUUACUGGAAACUCUCGAUGGAUACCGCGGCUUACACCUUAAACUCGAGUUACCCGGUGGAGUACAUGGCGAUGAACCAAUCAGGUCUUUAUUUGUUCGGUAAUAAUGGUUCUGUAGUCGUAAUGCAGGUGAACGUAUCUGUAUCAAAGUUCGGGAUUGCCAAAUUGGAUUAUUCUGGCCAGUUCAGUGUCAGUAGCCUUACUGGUACUGACUUAACGCCAGUACUCGUGGGGCCGGAUGAUAAAUGCCAAAUCCCGUUCAUAUGCGGAACGCUUGGUUUGUGUACUGACGAUGACAAUAUUCUCGUAUGCUCGUGCCCAUCCAACUUCUAUUUGAUCAGUUCACAGGGCCAGAAUUCAACCAUUUGUAUGCCAAAUGACGGUACUUAUUCCUUGUCAAAUUCUUGUAAUUCCACUGAUAACAAGAAUAUGAGUAACUCCUCAUUUUCAUAUUUGAGCCUUGGCAAUGGUAUUGACUAUUUUGUUAAUGAUUUCACGGGCCCUGCGAAGUCCGGUGUAAACUUGUCUGUCUGUGAAGAUCUCUGCUCAAGCGAUUGUUCUUGCUUGGGAAUUUUCUAUGACAACUCAUCGGAUUCAUGUUAUGUCCUUCAAAACCAGCUAGGAUCAGUUAUGUCUAGUAGCAAUAAUGAUCGCGUGGGUUUUGUUAAAGCAAUAGUUGGGCCUUCGCCUUCUAAUAGUGGUCACUCACUUGGGUUUCCUAUAGUUGCUAUAGUGCUAUUGCCUUUAAUUGGAUUCUUCCUUUUUGCUGCUUUGGGAUUCUUCUUGUGGAGAAGAUCCAAAAGCUCUACAACUUGGAAGUUAAAUUCCAACAAUCAGGUCGAUCCUUCUUCGGAUGACUUGGAGUUGGAUGCCUUCUCCAUCCCAGGAUUACCUGUAAGAUUUGGGUAUGAAGAGCUCGAGGCAGCUACUGAUAAGUUCAAGAAUAUGAUAGGGUCAGGUGGGUUUGGUGCAGUGUACAAGGGUACACUCCCUGAUAAAUCACUUGUGGCAGUGAAAAAGAUCACUAAUUUUGGUAUUCAAGGGAUGAAGGAUUUUUGCGCUGAGAUAGCAAUCAUCGGAAAUAUUCACCAUGUCAAUUUGGUUAAGUUGAUAGGGUUUUGUGCUCAGGGGAGUGAAAGAUUGUUGGUUUAUGAGUAUAUGAACCAUGGGUCUUUAGACCACACCCUCUUUAGGAAUGGAUUAGUCUUAGAAUGGAAAGAAAGGGUUGCAAUAGCUCUUGGGAUGGCGCGUGGACUUGCGUAUUUGCACAGUGGGUGCCAGCAGAAGAUCAUCCAUUGUGAUAUCAAGCCUGAGAACAUACUCCUGCACGACCAUUUCCAGGCCAAAAUCUCAGAUUUCGGGUUAUCGAAACUUCUUAGCUCCGAACAGUCUACUUUAUUCACGACAAUGAGAGGAACUCGUGGAUAUCUUGCUCCUGAAUGGCUUACUGGCUCUGCAAUCUCUGACAAGACUGAUGUUUACAGUUUUGGAAUGGUUUUGUUGGAAAUUGUAAGCGGAAGGAAAAACUGCUCUUUACGAACGCAAUGCGAAAGCAAGGAGAAUGGAAGCAGCGGUGGUGGGUACUCAUCUUCUUCAGGACAAGGGCUUGUUUAUUUCCCCAUGUUUGCUUUAGAGAUGCAUGAGCAAGGAAGGUACUUGGAACUUGCGGACCCCAAGCUAGAGGGGAGAGUCACUAGUGAAGAUGUGGAGAAGUUGGUGCGUGUGGCUUUAUGUUGUGCGCACGAGGAUCCAACGCUUAGGCCAAAUAUGGUUAGCGUCGUUAGCAUGUUGGAAGGUGAUAUCCCUUUAGGCGAGCCGAAGCUAGAGUCUCUGAACUUUCUGCGAUUUUAUGGGCGUCGAUUUGCUGAGGCUUCUAUGACAGAAGAGAAUAAUGGGCAAGAUGAUUUGAUAUUUCCACAGUGGAAUGCUUCUUCUGAUAGUUCAAGGAGUAGCUUGCUUCUUAACACAUCUCGCAUGUCAUCGCAGCAAAUCUCAGGGCCAAGAUAGUACUGGACCAACUGAGCUUCGUAAAGUUAUUUAUGUGUUUUUCGUUACUGUGGAUAUUUAAUGUUUUACUGUAAUAUAGACGCAAUUGUAGUAAUUAAUUUCUGUAUAUUGUUCAAUAUGUAAUUACUACUUUUUUUUUAUGUUAUUUACAUGUCUUGUGCAAA